UACUCAGUUCUUCAUCUUGAUCUCAAAGUUCUGUGGACCAAAAAGCGUCAAAUGUACUGCAAAAUGUUUGUCCUUGUUUGUCAAGGAAAUUCCAUGAAAGUUGAAUAUCGGCGGACGUACCGGUUCGAGGAGCGUCAUAAAGUACGAAACAGCGGCUCUCGUUCCAUUGACAUAAGUGAAAAUUCUAUAUUUUCAUUCGAGAAAUGUAGAAAUAAGAUUAAUGGGAAUCUCGAUUGCAGAUAACUGCAGUCUUUCAGAUUAUUCAAGGUAUUUUGAAAGAUUUAGACGAGAGUACCUCUAGCUUGUCGAUAUGGCUGCAGGUCCCAUUGCGGAGCGUAAUCAAGAUGCUACGAUAUAUGUUGGAGGUUUGGAUGAGAAGGUGUCCGAAGCACUUAUGUGGGAACUGUUUGUCCAAUCCGGUCCUGUAGUUAAUGUACACAUGCCAAAGGAUAGAGUAACUCAGAUGCAUCAAGGCUAUGGAUUUGUUGAAUUUAUGGGAGAAGAGGAUGCUGAUUAUGCUAUAAAAAUAAUGAAUAUGAUAAAACUAUAUGGAAAGCCAAUACGUGUCAAUAAGGCAUCAGCUCAUCAGAAAAAUUUAGAUGUAGGAGCUAAUAUAUUUAUUGGUAAUUUAGACCCAGAAGUAGAUGAAAAACUACUUUAUGAUACAUUUUCAGCAUUUGGUGUUAUUCUACAAACUCCCAAGAUUAUGCAUGACCCAGAAACUGGAAAUUCCAAAGGAUUUGCUUUCAUCAAUUUUGCAAGCUUUGAUGCAUCAGAUGCUGCAAUAGAAGCCAUGAAUGGACAAUACCUUUGCAAUCGUCCGAUUUCUGUAUCGUAUGCUUUUAAGAAAGAUGCGAAGGGAGAACGUCACGGAUCAGCUGCAGAAAGAUUGCUGGCUGCCCAGAAUCCCUUGUCACAAGCAGACAGACCCCAUCAGCUCUUUGCUGAUGCUCCACCUCCAGCUCCCAUGCCUGCCCCCUCAGCAUUAGUGCCACCUCCUCCACCUGUGGCAAUGCUGGGCAUGGUGCCUCCGCCCCCUCCUACUCCAGGCAUGCAUCCUCCUCCACCUCCCCCAGUGCCGCCACCGGCUGGCAUUCCCCCUCCACCCAUGGCCAUGCCUCCGGGCAUUCCCCCUCCACCACUGCCUCCACAGGCAAUGGGCCACCCUGGCCAUCCACCUCCGUUGCCUCCAGGUGUACCUCCACCCCCCAUGGGCCGCGCUGCUCCCCCACCACUUCCCCCGAUGCCUCCUUCGGCCUCACAGCCUCAGCCACCCCAGGCCGGCCAGCAGCAACAGCAGCCACCCCAGCAACAGCAGCCGCAGCCCACACCCCCAAUGGGGCAGAUGAACCACAUGCCACCAAUGCCCCCUCCUCCCCAGGGUGGGCCGCCUCCGCCAAGGAUGAUGCCUCCUCCUUGGCAAGGGGGUCAGUAUCCUCCACCCCCACCUCAUCACCAGGGCCAGUUCCAAGGAGGGCAGUACCCUCCACCCCCACCUCAUGGUGGACCUCCUCCUGGUUGGCGGCCACCCCCUCCAGGCCGCCCCCCCUUUGGACGACCUCCGUUUCCUCCAAGAGGUCCCCCUCCACCACCACGUGGAAUGCGGCCCCCACCGCCCCCAAGGGCUAUUCGCCCUCAGGGUGCUGAUGGCUCCUAUGAGAAUAACUAUGAAAGUAAUAAUUAUGAAAACAAUUAUAAUGAAAGUGGAUCUUAUGACAGUUAUUAAGGAGGUUUUUAAUCUUACUGUUUGUUUAUUUCAAUGUAAAGACUUUGUUCUGUAGAAAUGGUUUAAAUAUUUUUGUAACAAAUUGUAUGCACUUUGACACAGUAAUUGAACAAUGUAAAGAAGUUUGAAAAGUAGAAAUAAAAUACUUAAUAUUUUACUU